GCACCACUCUUCCUCUGCACAGGUUUUGAUAAAUCUCCCCUUUGGAGUACAUCACCAGGGUACAAGGCGCCUAAGUGCAAUGAAAGCGAGCAGUAAAGGCGUGUGGUCACCAUGGCGACGACAAUAAUCGAUCAGAAAGCAGCUGAUCAUUGGAGCCGUUGCACACAGUAGGGCGCCGAGCAGACAUUCCAUGUGAGGACAGCAGCAUCAGCAGUAUCCCGGGUCACCUGACGAGGAGCCUCCUCCAGCAGGAGAUGCCUCCCCCGUGCCCGCCUGUAGGGGGGAGGCUGCAGCUGGCGGAUCGUUACAGAUCACUUUCCAGCAAUGUCCUCCUUUGAGCACAGACAGGAUUCCAGUGAAAGGUGCUAUACUGGACGGAGAUGGUGUCAGUGUAGAGUGCAUUAAUAGACCCUGAACGCUCAGCCCUGCUUGUGAAAUCAGCUUUGGAGAAUAGGGGCUUUGUGACACUGAAUAUUAUCCCCUUGAAGGUAGCCAUUAGAAAAUGGAUGGACUGUGACCAUUAAGGCCCAUAUGCCAGGCUUCUUCUAGAUGCCAUGAGGCGCUCUGGUUGCACAGUUUCCAGAGACAGACACUUUUCCUGUGAGGAUUGUGAUGGAUCAGUAAGUGGAGGCUUUGAUGCCGAUACAUCUGAAAUUGUGCUGUGUCAGAAUAACAUCCACAGUCAGUCGCACAUGGAUCGCGUGGUGGCACAUGAGCUGAUUCAUGCAUUUGACCACUGCCGUGCACAUGUGGAUUGGUUUAAUAACGUUCGCCAUUUAGCAUGCUCUGAGAUAAGAGCGGCCAAUCUCAGUGGAGACUGCUCACUUAGCAAUGAGAUUAGCAGGUUCAAUUUUGGCUUGAAACAACAUCAUCAGGCCUGUGUAAGAAAUCGCGCUCUCCGUUCUAUAUUGGCUGUCAGGCAGAUCAGUCAAGAGGCAGCAGAAAAGGCCGUAGAUGAUGUAUUUGAGUCGUGUUUUAAUGACCAUGAACCAUUUGGCAGAAUCCCUCAUUGUAAAAGGGACACUGACUUGGCAUACAGAGAUAUUAAAAACCGAGAAAAAUAUUAUGCUAACCUUUGACCUACAAAAAAUGACAUAUAAAUCCAGUUUCGGACGGCCUCUUGUCAAAUAAUAAUCAUGAAACAGAAUUGCACCUCUCAAGGAGAUUUAAUUAUUAUUAUUAUAAUUAUUUUUUUUUUUUUUGCAGCACAUCAAAGCCUCAAUAGUUGUAAUGGAACAUUUUAAGCUAUGUCUCAUACUAUGUUUGUGUGUUUUAUUGUAUGUCUUUUUUUUAAUUUUAUAUUUAAUUCUGUGAUUUAUAAAAAUGAUUUUGUUUUGGAGUAAUAUAUAAA